AUUCUCUGCCAGUGUGUGUCAGUGUGUCAGUGUGUGCGGACCUCGAGUUUGAACUCGUGGUGACAAAAAAAGUGCACGGGAACAAUGGAGACUCAGACUGCCACGGAUGAUGACAGCCUCCUCCAGCUUAUCGAGUGCUUCCGAAACAGGCUGAGAUCUCUAAUACAGGUAGAACCGGUUCUAGACCAUCUGUAUUUUAUUGGCCGAGACCAGAAGGAAUUGAUCGCAGCCACGGCAAAGAACGAAGGCAACCGACGAGCCGUGGACCUCCUCGUUGACGCGGUGGGGCGGAGCUCGCGCCCCGCCGGGUGGUCCCGCGCGUUCGUGGACGCGCUCAAGGCGGGCGGCUGCAAGCACGCGGCCAUGUACGUGGAGGCAGAGCACAUCCCGAGCGCGUCCGCGGAAGCGGAGAACGACCUCUGCGUGCAGCUCAUUGACCUCCUGGCACCCAGCCUGCAGGAGAUGAAGACACCCGAAGUGUGCCUGGUCUGCUAUGCCUUGAACAUCCUGACUGGGGAGGACAAGGAAAUUAUUACAGCAGAAAUUGCAAAUUACGGAAACAAGAGUGGUGCCCGUGUGCUCCUCAGAAGGAUAGUGCAGAAGCCACCAGGUUGGUUCUCCACAUUUCUGGAUGCUCUGAGAAAAACGGAGCACUUUCACAUGGUUCAAGAACUUAUGGGAGCUGACUCCUUGGAAAAUAAUCAAGUUCCUGAGGAGAACAAUAAGGCUGGGAUACUGAAGCAUGAAGUCACGUUUACUGAAAAUCACAACAAACUCGAUAGUAUGUCAGAGGUGGUAAAAGGUGACACUGGGCUCCCUGAAGAUAACACCUCGCAGGCAGAUGAGGCAGGAGAACUAGACAGCUACUUAAGAACUGGAGAGGACACACUGAACGCAAGUGUGGAAAGCACCAGCUGGAUGUCCUCCAUGAAUGGAUCCAUUGACACUUCUUCCUUGAACACAGAUUUUGACCUCUACAAUACUGAUGAGUCAGUCUGUGGAACUGAAAUGGCCCAGAAUGUGGAUGAAUCCAAUGCGCAGGUUCCACUUCCAGGUGUAGACGAAGCUGAACAUGGAGCUACAGCUGCAGGGUCUAUGGAAACCGAUAUCGUCCUACGGCCUUAUCAGGUGGAUGUUGCGAGGUCCGCUUUGGAGGGGAAAAACAUCAUCAUAUGCCUUCCAACAGGAAGUGGUAAAACCAGAGUAGCCGUCUAUAUUACAAAGGAACAUCUGGACCGCUGCAGAAGGGAAGGAAAACCAGGGAAGGUUGUGGUGCUGGUUAACAAGGUACCUCUGGUGGAACAGCACUACAGCACAGAGUUUGGCAAGUACCUGAAAUGCCGCUAUCGCGUCGAAAGGGUCAGCGGAAACUCCCAGCUCAAAAUAUCCUUCUCUGACGUUGUCAGAAAGAAUGAUAUCAUCAUCUGCACAGCCCAAAUCCUCGAGAACUCUCUCGCAAGAGCGAAAAGUGGGGAGGAUGAAGGGGUUUGUUUGUCAGAAUUUUCCCUGGUCGUUAUAGAUGAGUGUCACCAUACACAGAAGGGUGGUGUGUACAACCACAUCAUGUUCCGCUAUCUGAAGCAGAAGCACAAGAAUGCAAGGCGGAUAAAGGAGCAAAACGAUCCUAUUCCUAUCCCUCAGAUCCUUGGGCUCACAGCCUCUCCCGGUGUUGGCGGGGCCAACAACCAGAAGAAAGCAGAAGAGCACAUCCUUAAAAUAUGUGCAAAUCUAGAUGCAUUUGGAAUAAUGACUGGGUGCCUUGGAGAACACAAGAAAGACCCCUACAAAAAGAUAGCAAGUGCUGAAGAGAGGAAAGAGGACCCCUUUGGUGAUGUAAUUAAGAGAAUUAUGAAUGCUAUUCAUGUACACGCUGGCCUUGACCCACUGUGCAACCCUGGAACUCAGAACUAUGAGCAGUGGGUGGUGCAAAAGGAACAAAAUGCUGCAAAGGAGGAGAACCAGAAGGUGCGAGUCUGCGCACAGCAUCUCCGUCAGUACAACGAGGCCCUCCACCAGAGCAACACCAUCCGCAUGUCGGAUGCCUUCAGAUUCCUCAAAAAGUACUACAAUGAGGAGAAAAGAAAGAAGGCUGCGCCUGAAGAGGAGGAGGAGGAGGAAGCCAUCGGUGUCACAGAAACAGAAAGGUUCCUCUUCCAGCUGUUCAAAGAUAACAAGGCGGAACUCCAAAGACUCGCAGAGCAUCCCGAGUAUGAGAACAAGACUCUGUCCACGCUGCGGUCGGUCAUACUGCAGGAGUUCACGGGCAGAGAUGAGGCACGUGGGAUCAUUUUCACAAGAACACGCCUUAGUGCCAUUGCACUCAGCCAGUGGAUUCAGGAGAAUAAAAAGUUUGAGGAGGCUGGGGUUCGAGGAAGCCAUCUAAUUGGAGCGGGAGACCAGAGUGUAGUGAAGCCAAUGACUUCUAAUGAGCAAAAGGAAGUUUUAAGGAAGUUCCGCACAGGAGAGAUAAAUCUGCUAAUUGCAACCACAGUCGCUGAGGAGGGUUUGGACAUUAAGGAGUGCAACAUUGUCAUUCGAUAUGGCCUUGUCACCAACGAGAUUGCCAUGAUUCAAGCCAGAGGAAGAGGUAGAGCAGAAGACAGCAGUUACACUUUAGUGGAGUUGGAGGGAUCUGGUGUUGCUGAACGUGAGAGUGUCAAUGAAUACCGUGAGAAAAUGAUGAGCAAAGCCAUUCAGAAAGUUCAAAAUCUAGAGCGAGCAGAAUACGAAAAGAAGAUAAAAGAAUUUCAGUUUCAGACUAUAUUCGAAGAAGAAAUUCGUAAUAAAAAAAAAAAGCAGAAGGUGAUGCAAAAGGAGGACCCAGGCAAAGUCAAAUUCAGCUGUCGGCGCUGUAACACCCAGGUCUGCUCUGGGAAUGACAUUCAGAUCAUGGCAGACAAUCACCAUGUGAACGUCUCUGAGGAAUUUAAGAAACUGUUUAUUGUAAGACAAAAUACUACACUUCAGGAGAGGUCGCUGGAUUAUGAAGCUAAUGAUGUCAUUGCAUGCAAGAAAUGUGGCAAUAAAUGGGGCAACAUGAUGCGACACCGUGGAAUUGACUGCCCAUGCCUUAGCGUCAAAAACUUUGUUGUAACAAUUGACACCAAGAAAAAAACAUACAACAAGUGGAAUGAACUGGCCAUCCGAUUUCCAGUGUUCGAUUAUUCAGAUCACGCACAUCUGCUUGCAAAUUCUGACUCUGACUAAUAGGUAAUGUAACCUAUGAAUUUCAGAAAACCUAGCGGAUCUAAAAAUGAAAUGAAUGUAAGAUUAAGUGAGAUCACAAGUAUUAAAACAGAGUUUUCAAAACUUAUGACACUAUUUUAAAAAAUUAUAUAUACCCUCUUGAUGGCUGAAUACAAACAUUUGCCCAGCUGGAGAUGUCUGCCCAAGUUGAGCUCAAAAUGCCUCACUCUGCCAAGGUUCUGACAGAUCUAGAUUUCACCCUGGCGGGUUGCUUCACAUUUACAUAACUGGUUAUAGCGAGAGUUUCUAAAACUAACAAAAAGGUGUCCAUGUUGCAAGUAAUUAUACUGUUUUCAGAGGUUACAUUUCAUAAAUUGAAAUUGGUGGAAUAUUCAUGUUCUUUCUGAAAAAUUUUCUGACGAUAACAUGAAUUUGUGGGUAAUAAAAUGUAAGAACAUAUUGCAUGAAAUAAUCUGUCACUUUUGUUCCUUUGAUACUUAUUAAGGAAUUCAGUAAUUAACUACUGAAGCAGUCACUGGUAGUUUAUGGAUCCGUUUGAACAGUUUAACUUUCAGAAAUGAACGUUAGAGAAUGUUACAUAGAACUAAUUUGUGUACAUUUGUGUGCUUAAUGUAUGCAACACAUGCGUAAUAGAGACAAAAGCCUGACUUCACACAUACACACUGACUGAAACCGCUUGUCCCAAGCGGGGGUCGCAGCAAGCCG